AUGCCUGCAGCAAAAGACUGGGAAAGCAAGGCUCAAAUUUGCCGUGAUAUUCUUGAGAAUUCAAUCUCCAAGCAAUGGCUUCUUCCUGCAGAUAAGCUUCCCACCAAGCAACAGCUCAAUGUUACCAAAGUCCCUUACACAUGCGGCAUUCUUUCUGCUGAGGAGCUUGACAUGACCGAACAAACUGCUGCUGGGCUUUUGAGCAAGUAUCAGUCUGGUGCGUGGAAGGUCGAGGAUGUCACCGUUGCAUUUCUCAAACGAGCUACAAUCGGACAACAACUUCUCAACUUUGCUACUGAGUUCCUCACCGAAGAAGCGUUGGAAACCGCAAAAGCCCUGGACAAGCAUUUCGAAUCCACGGGUAAACUCAUCGGUCCACUUCAUGGCAUUCCUGUCAGUGUCAAAGAACAUGUCUCGUAUGGUGGCAAGAUCACCCACGCUGGCUUCGUGAGUGAAAUUGACAACAUAGCCAAGGAAGACGCGUUGCUUGUUCAACUACUCAAGAAGGCAGGUGCGGUAUGCACCGUACGGACCAAUCAGCCACAAUCUUUGAUGCACUUGGACUGUGAGAACAACAUCACUGGAACAACGCUCAACCCCUAUAACCUCAAGCUCUCUCCUGGUGGAUCGUCAGGCGGCGAAGGAGCAUCAAUGGGCUUCAAAUGUGCUGUGCUUGGUGUCGGCACAGAUAUCGGUGGUAGUAUCCGUGCUCCUGCUGCAUUCAACAAUUCUUAUGGACUCCGACCCACCACUCUCCGUAAUUCUGGUCUUGGUCUCCAUGGUGUACUCGGUGGACAGGAGAGUAUCAAGGGUGUGAUAGGCCCUCUUGGUCAGAGCAUUGAUGAUCUUUGGCUGUUUCAGAAGGCAUUGAUUGAUCUCAACCCUCAUGAUAUUGACACGACAUUGGCUCCUGUGCCAUGGAGGGGCGAGCUUGAGACGCCUAAAAACAUCACCGUCGGUAUCAUGAUGACCGAUGGGAUAGUCAAACCUCACCCUCCUCUCAUCCGCGCACUAGAGACUGCCAAGUCCAAGCUCCACGCCGCCGGAGUCAAAGUUGUUGACUGGGAAAACUACAAGCAUGAUCAUGCUUGGGACAUCGUCUCGGCUCUAUACUUCCCUGAUGGCGGCAAACGUAUCGAAGAUGCUCUCGCAGCUUCUGGCGAACCCAUGCUACCGCUCACACGCCAUGCCUUGAAUUACUCCAAGGCGAUCUCCAUCUCUGAGAAUUGGGAUCUUAACGUGAUGCGUGAGAACUACAGGCGCGAGUAUCAUGCUUUAAUGAAAGAGCGUGGUGUGGAUGUUAUCUUGUGUCCUGCAUACGUGGGCGCAGGUGUCAAGCAGCAUGGUGCAAAGUACUGGGGCUACACGAGUCUGUGGAAUAUCCUUGACCAGCCGGCUGUGGUAUUCCCAACAGGUAUGUCUGUCGACAAGAAUAUUGAUAUCAUCGAAGAGGGUUACUCGCCCUUGAACGAGAAGGACAAGGCUGAAUUCGAAGCUUAUGACCCUGAGCUCUUUGAUGGUUUCCCCAUCACUCUUCAGCUUGCUGGCAAGCAUUUCCACGAUGAGGAUGUUUUGAGAGCAGCUAAACUUGUGGAGAACGUAAUUAAGGGCUGA